UUCAGUUCAGUUGUACACAUACAACAGUCGCAACGUGUUGUUAGCUGUGAGAACGCGCGUGUGUGUCUUAAGUCUUUCGUUUUUCCCCCUCCAAAACACGUACAACAGUACACCGGUUCGAAUUGUUAGCGAUAAAUAAAGAAAAGCAAGCAAUAUUGCGCAAUUUUUUAAUGAAGUUUACGAUUUUUGAAUUAAAUGGCAUAUAUAUAUAAGCGCAUAAGUAUAUUAUAUAAAGGAGCAUUAAAAGAAAAGCAUUUUUGAAUGAAAAUAAAAAGUAUAAACAAGUUAACUAAAGCAAAUAGUAAUCAUAAUUAAAAGUAUAUAACGGUUCAGUUUGUUUACUUAUUUUGCCUUGUGAAACGCUACUUCGUACCGCUGACGGAAGUCCGCUAUUAAAAUCACUGAGCGCGUUUUAAAAAGAAACUGAAAACUAAACUAACUUUUAAAGAAUCUAACUGAAAAUCAGUAAAGGAAAUCCAUCAAAAUGAAGUCCUACAUCAGCACAGCUACCAUUUUCAUUGUGCUCUUUGCGCUGACGAAUGCCACCGAAGUGAGAAAAUGUCCCAAGUCGGCUGCACGCGCCUUAACCGCGGAUGAGGUAACCAUCUCGAAUUGUCCCAAAAAUAAGUGCACACUCAAGCGCAACACCGAGGCCAGCAUUGAGAUGAAGAUCAAACCAGAACGUGACUUUAACGAACUCAAUUCCGAUAUACAGGGUAUUAUUUUGGACGUACCACUACCGUUUCCCGGCUAUUAUGGCACCAGCGCCUGUCCGUACAUCUACGAUGCCGAGGGCAAAGAGAAGGUGGGCUGCCCAUUGAAAGCCGGUGAGACGUACACCUACAAGAAUAGCUUCAAAAUACUGCCAAUCUAUCCGACUGUUAAUUUGGUCAUACACUGGGGUUUGGGUGAUAAGCAGGGUGAUGCUGUAUGCUUCCAAAUACCGGCUAAGAUUAAGUCGUAAAUGUUGGUGGGGAAAGAAGUUUUAAAAUUAAAUAGUGUUACUUACUUACAUAACUGUAUUAAAAUAAUGAAAAUAUUUGGGUAAGAAUUUCUUUAUACCAAAUAACGGUAUUGUGGAGCUUGUCGUGGCACUCUUACAUAAAUAUUUGUAUAAUAUUAUGUUAAUAGUUUUAAUAAAACAAAUUACUUUUGUA